AUGGCAUCCCCAAUUUUGAUAUCUAAUCCUUCGAGUAGCGUAUCGGUACUUGCCAUUGUUAGAGGUGUUCAGUUAGCAUUGCUUGGUGGAUAUAGAUCGUUGCAAAAUCGACAGUUAUAUGAAAUCGAUGUCUGCUGUCUAGCAUUGCGGUUGAUCCAGAUGUCGAUUAUAAUACAAAUUAUAUUAUGGACCCCUGCUUACUUUUGCAGAUUUGCUACAUAUAUAUUGUCUUAUUUGUUUAAUCGAAACUUGGCCAUUGACUUUGAUGGUGAUUACUUACUUAGCAUAUUGAAUAUGAAUUACAUGAUGAUCUCAUCGAUACGAUUUUUUGAGCCAAGAUUAGAUGGUAUUUUCCUUAUGACAUUGCUGUUCAUGGACAGCAAAUCCGAUCAGCAGUACUAUGCAAACUUGAUGAGGUUGUCAUUUGAACACAAUGAAGACUUAGAGUCUCAUAUAUCGAUUUUGACUAGCAUUAAACGGAAGUACAAUAACUCUAUACAAUUUCGAAAAUUUGUUAAGACAAACACUAAAACCAUUUUGAGUACACUUUCAAUUUAUUUAAUGUGCAAUAAAAGCUCUAAGCUAGAAUCAAUACUUAUUGUCGUACUUACAUUUCAGAAUUUUGACGAUAAAAUUGGUACGGUUUCGUCAUUGAUAUUACUGGUUAUUUUAUCAAUCAUUCCAAAACAUCAUAGUUUGCAAUUCAUAACAACCUUCGGCGGAUCCUGUAGCUUGAUGCAAGACUUAUUAAAUCCAUACUUUACUAGAAUUAGUUUGAACAAGUUGGAAAAGAAUCAAUGGGUUAGAUCAAGAGAGGGAUUAUUACUAGGAUUUAGCAUUUGUUAUUUCUUAAUUAUAAGGAAGUUACCUUGGCUAGGUCUUUUGAUUUAUGGAAUUGCUGAAGCAAGCACUGCAUACUUGGUAACAAAAAUUUCAAAUCCCCCACCAGAGCAGCCAAAGCAAUUAAUUAAUUGGUGUUCUACCCAAUUGAUUUGGAGUGUUGAGGAACAGCGUCGUAUCUUGGACGGAAAUUUUAUCUUUGAUAAGAAUUUUAAGCCGUUCCCUGGCUCCUUCUUUUUCUAUCCGCCACCUAACUGA